AUGAAACUGUCCCUGGCACUGUUACUCCUGCCAGCGACCUUCGGCGGGGGGGUGACGCUACACAAGGUUAACACGUGCCCAUUGUGGGAAAAAAAAAAUUACGAAAUUGAAAAAUCCUUCUUCGUAAAAAACAGCGCCCCUACUUUACGCAAAAAGAGGAAACACCACCUACGACAGUACAACAACGCUGAAAAGAAUAGCUACACAAAUGUAUACACCAUUAAGAACCCACUAAAGUGUAAAGUAGUAGACAAGGUAAAUCUCGUACGGAAAAAUGCGCUACAUGAAGUGUACAAUAUAGAAAUAGACCAUGGGGGGAUGUUCAAAUAUUUGGAGGGGCACUCAUGCGGGGUGAUUCCUUACUAUGAGGAGUUGGUCCAAACAGACAAUAAAAAUAACCCCCAAGACGGGGGGAAAAAAGGAGGGAAAAUAUGCUCAAGGCUCUAUUCCAUAUCGUCUAGCAACUCGGAAAAUCUCUCCUUUGCCAUUAGAAUUCAUACCUAUGAGGAAGAAGAAAAUGGACACAUGGAACGGAAGUAUGGAUACUGCUCAGGUUACAUAAAAGAGUUAAAGAAAAACGAUAACAUAUAUUUAACGGGAGCACAUGGAUCCUUUCUUCUUCCAGAUAAUGUGCUCGAAGACAGCACAAAUUUAAUUUUUAUUGCAACGGGAACGGGUAUCUCUCCUUACAUAUCGUUUCUAAAAAAAAUAUGGGGAUACGAACCAGGUAGCCAAUCACGAGAGAAAACAUAUAAUGGGCAAAUCUACCUGUACUACGGAGUGUACAAUGAAGACUCUAUUCUAUACAUUGAAGAGCUGGAACGUUUUCAGAAGAUGUACCCGAAUAACUUCCAUGUGGAGUAUGUCUUUUCCUCUAUUAAAAAUUCGGAUGGUAGUUCCCAUCAUGUGCAGGACGAAAUAUACAAAAAGAGAGAAAAGUUCCUGCAACUUUUUAAUGAACUAAAAUGCGAGCUUUACAUUUGUGGCCAUAAAUCCAUACGGGCCAAAAUUAUGGAUAUUCUAAAGGGGGAAAACCAAGUACUGGACGCCGAGAAGAAGAAGCGCGUUCACGUUGAGGUAUACUAUGUGGGCAUAGAAAAACCCAAUGUUGGGUUUGCCACCAAAAGGGGGGUAUACUUCUUCAUAUGGUAA